CUAUAAAACGCGAGGAACGGCGACGAGUAAGUCAUCAGUCCAACUGUGCAUUUCAAUCCAAGCGAACUUCCCCAGAAAAAUCAUGUCGAGCUACUCAUUCGCGCUCCUCUCCUGUGUGGUGGCGGCUGUGAUGCUGAUGGAUAACGGCGCCUUGGCGCAGAACAACUAUUAUUACCGCAACAGCAUGCCCGUCAACCGCUACAGACCGAUGCAGAGCAAUUCCAUCCAUGCCAGUACGCAGUACAAGCCCAUCAGCAACCCCUGGACAGCCAACAACAACAACCAGAUCAAUUCCCACGUCCCCAGGAGCAACAACAUCAACAACAACUGGGGCUGGCAAGCAGCAGCAGUGAAGCCACAACAGCAGCGAUGGAAGCUGGAUUUCGACGACUCCAUCGAAGAUGAUUCCAUCGAGUCCAGUUUCUACCGACGCCCGUCUGCCGUUCCACGUAACCAGAGACAAUCCAUCAUCAACAGCAACCCGCAUACCGUCACCAACAACAACAACAACAACCGCGCUUGGAGCCGGCCAUCACCGGUUACAGCCCGGCCAGUCCAGCAGCAUCAACAAAUCAGAUGGAGCAAUCGAUUCGACGAUUCGGUCGAAGAUCAUUCGGUCGAAUCACGUGAAUUUAGACGCUGGUAAUAAUUAGCGGUGCUGGAUUAAUAAUUAUCAUAUCCUGGCCAAUGUAUCAAAAUAGGCGGGGUCGGAUAGAUAUUAUUCACCCUAUUAAUUUUUUGAUUAGAAAGCCCCAAUCAAACUCGAACCAAAAAAGAAAAAGAAAAAGAUGUUUUUAAACUGCGCUCAGCAGUGUGGAGAAAAACGCAGAGUCUUGUAUUAUUCGUUGGCGGCCAUUUGUUUUUCACGAAGAAGAAAUGACCUGGCGAAUAUGCACAGACGAAGCGCAAUUGCCUUUCUCUUUUUUGUUUUCUAACUUGUUGGUGCGGAUAGAGAAGAUUUUUUUGGUUUUUAAAAAAGGUGCUCUGUCUUUGAACUAUUAUAUACCUGACGACCCAGUAGCGCGUUUGGUUGCGUGGGCAGAGCCUAAAUUCAGAUCUGCGCAUUGAUAGACGUGCGGAGGACGAAACAAUUUCGCCAGUUUUUAAUAAUUAUGGAAGAAGUAAAGAAAAAAAAACGUUUAAUUGAAGUGAAAGUCCCCCCCUCCCCCGCCACCGAUUAAUUCACUGCUGUGUAACUCGUAUGUUGUUGUUUAAUUGCCCUGUCGGUCGUAUUUUAAAUAUAAUACACAAUUUUGAUAAUAA